GCGGGCUGCAGGCUGCGCGGCGGGCGCGGCGGGCACGGCUGGGGCGGCGGAGAGCGCGCCGAGCCGGGGCCGAGCUGGCCCGCCCGCCCGCCGCACAUGUCCCGGGGCGUCGUGGGACUGUAGCCGUCUGUGGCGCCUCCUGUCGGCGGGGCGCGGGAGCGCGGAGCCCAUGGAGCGGGUGCGAAUGAUCAACGUGCAGCGCCUGCUGGAGGCCGCCGAGUUUUUGGAGCGCAGGGAGCGAGAGUGUGAACAUGGCUACGCCUCAUCGUUCCCCUCCAUGCCGAGCCCCCGGCUACAGCAUUCAAAGCCCCCACGGAGGUUGAGCCGGGCACAGAAACACAGCAAUGGGAGCAGCACUACCAGCACUGCCAACAGACGAGCUCACCUGCGCCUGUGUUUAGAACGCUUGAAAGUUCUGAUCCCACUGGGUCCAGACUGCACCAGGCAUACAACCCUCGGUUUGCUCAACAAAGCCAAAGCACACAUCAAGAAACUUGAAGAAGCUGAAAGGAAGAGCCAGCACCAGCUUGAGAACUUGGAACGAGAACAGAGAUUUCUAAAGCGGCGACUGGAACAGCUGCAGGGUCCUCAAGAGACGGAGCGGAUACGAAUGGAUAGCAUUGGGUCGACUAUCUCUUCCGACCGCUCGGACUCAGAGCGAGAGGAGAUUGAAGUGGACGUUGAAAGCACAGAGUUCUCCCAUGGAGAAGUGGACAAUAUAAGCACCACCAGCAUCAGUGACAUUGAUGACCACAGCAGCCUGCAGAGUAUUGGGAGUGAUGAGGGUUACUCCAGUGCCAGUGUCAAACUCUCCUUCACGUCCUAGAGCCCAGCACGACAGCAGUGCAGGGCGACACACCCAUCGGGCCAGUUCAGUACCGUCUCUUCAAUUGGGUUCAUGACGCAGUCUCCUUCAAAACUAAACAAAACCAUACUUGAACAAAAGGGUCAGAAGACCUGUAUUUAAGCAAAUACUUAACAAAAAGUGGGGUAGAGCCUCCCCAGUAGAACAAAUACUCAUAUAUUGGAAAGAAUACGGUUCCUAACAGCAGCUGGAAACGUGUAAUUAUCUGGAGUUGACUUAGUUGACUUCUAAGAGGACAGUGGAGAUUCCGUCUCCUUUCCUAGUUUGCUCACGCUGUGUUGAGUAGACGUUUAAGGGUGGGGUUAUGAACCCUUCCUGAGCUUCUUGGCCCUAGAAACAAAAUCAGACUUAGAGUAAGGAAAAGACAGGAUAAUCAGGCAUUAAUCUUGGAUAGCUAAAGAGCUCUUAAAACUCAGCCUCAGUUUAUCAUGAAGCCUGUGGAUGAUCAAUUCUUUAAAAAAAAAAUGAAUUUUUAAAAAGCUCAUUUCGUGCUCUACAGAAGGAGAGACUCCCAUGAAGCCUUUCGAAAGAGAUCAUCACGCAGCUCAGCUUUCUGUUGGAUUCCAUGCUAAGCCAGCUAACCUUACCUGCAUUGUUAGCACUAGGGCACCCAACCGCCCGCUCGCACCCUUCAGCAACAUAGGGGCAGCCCAUGCAUGACAGCUGUGUCACAGAAGGAAAAGCUCCAUGUGCCUCUGUGUCUGCGCCGAUCUGAAGAGUUGUGCACGCAGCAUAGCAGGCCAAGGUCUGAGCCACGGCAGCAUUUUUAUUUGAGAUUUUGAUAACUGUUUAUAUGUGUUGAAAACCAAAAUGGCAUCUUUUUAAAGCUUGUCCAUAAGUAAACAUAGAUGUCUUUUAUAGUGGAA